UGCCCCAGUGUCUGGGAACUCCAACAAGCGCAGGCGGGUGAACGCGUCUCCAGACCCGCCCGGGCCAAACGACGACAUGUUCCGCAUCUCCCAAUUAGCAUCAUCCUCAUCAGUAGACGAGGUCUCCUCCACGUCUAACAGCAACACACCGAGGAACUCGUCUCUCUCGUCAGCCUCGUGGUGCGACAACGAGGUUGCUGCCGCACAGGCUGGUUUGCAUGUGACCUCGUUCAGACUGCCCCACCGCACAGGCUCAUCGACGACCGGCUCGUCGCCCGCUGGUCCGACAAACAAAAGCCACUCCACACCAGCGAGCUCAGGCAUCAGCCCGGAGACGACGACGUCCGGGCCGACGGUGGGGAGGACGAGCAGCUCGAUGGAUGGCGGGAUCAUGCUAACGGAUCACGCGGUUGUGAACACAGAGAUCUUUGAGGGGACCGGGGCAGGAGAAGGCCAGGUGAACCAUGGCAUCGAUAUGAACAUGUUUCAGGGACUGAACGCGUGGGACGCGGCUGUGGACGGCGGGCCGCAAGAUCCGUCAGCGCUGUAUGCACAGGUGACGGAAGCCAUGCUGAAUGACGACAGCUGGAUGGGGCUCAAUGAAGUUGGAAAUAGCUCGUGGGAUACAGGACAGGCGGACGAGGUGCAGGCGCCGGGCCAGAAAUCCGGGCGUUGGGAGUGAAUCUUGCAGGGAAAGUGCCUUCUUCCAUAGUAAAGGCUAACAGACGUCGGGGCAUUACAGAGAAGCUCAUCUGACGAGUCAGUACCCAAUGCCACUCUAUUCUACAAUC